AUGCGUUAUCAUAGUACCCUCGCUGCACUCGCAGCAGCAGUCUCCUUCCACGAAACAACCGCACAGGACCCCCUAAACUUAGCCAUCUACGGCCUCGACUUCCGCACCCCCGAAAACGCUCCAAUAUACCGUUUUGAAUCAACACUGAUCAUCCCACCACCGUCCCCAUCACCCCCAGGUGGACAUCUGGCAGCCAUCUGGCCCGGCCUACAGAGCAAGGAUCUUCUUCAAAACGUCCUCACAAACCAAAGAAUCGGCGGUGCCAGACCCGGAGAAUGGAAUUACCUACCCUUCUUCUGCUGCCAUCCCGGCGGUAACUUUUCACAAGAGUUCGAGGUCCAUCCGGGCGAUGCUAUGUCGACGCAGUAUAUCUGGGACAGACUGAACGAUAAGUACGUCGAUAGUUGGAGUCUCGUCGUCAAUGCCGAGGGUGUCAAAGCUGGCAAGAAAGGCUUCACCGGCGGAACGGUAUAUAACCAAAGACUAGCCACCUCAGACAAAGACAGCGAGCGUCCGGAGCCCUAUCACCAAGCAAGCCUCUCCAUAGAACUUCAAGGCAAAGGCGUCUGGAACUGGGGACCGGUGACCUGGCGCAACAUCAUCAUCACAGCUCAGACAACCGACCAAGCCUGGUGUAUGGAACCCAAAUCGAAAGAUUUCAAGUACAGCAUGACGAUCCCGGUUGCGACUACUGAUCGUGGAAUGACGACUUGCUAUGUUGCUAAGAUCGUUAUGCAGGAGCCUACUGAUGAUAGACUUGGGUUUAAGCCUGGAGGACCGAAUGCGGCUCGUGAUAACGAGGAUGGCGAAGAGGAGACGCCUGAGAUUGCGUUUGAGUGGCGGGAACGAAAGGAGAGGGAGCGUAAGAGAAAAGCGAAGUCAGAGGCUUCAGAUGCAACCCAUGAGAGUACUGGCGGAUAUGGCGCGGUCCCACGACCAACCGCCGCUCAAGUCCAAGAGCUCGAAGCCUACCCAGACACAGUAUGGAACCUCACGCCCUCGCAAAGCGGGCGAUUGCCGGUGGCGAAGGGGCGAGGAGGCCCGUUUAUGAUUGAUUGGGAGGUUCAUGGGACGGGGGAUGUUAAGUUAGUUUGGAUUAUGGGGUUGGGUACUAUCAAGACGGCAUGGCAAAGACAAACGCUAGAAUUCGGCCAUGAUGAAGGGGACAAAUACUCGAGUUUAAUCUACGACAAUCGGGGAAUGGGCAAAUCAGACAAACCCCUCCUCCGCUACAGCACCACAGAAAUGGCCCACGACCUCCUCGAGCUCCUCAACCACCUCAACUGGACCUCUCCCCACCAACUCAACAUCACCGGCGUAUCCAUGGGCGGCAUGAUCGCCCAAGAACUCGCCCUACUAAUCCCCACCCGCAUCAACAGUUUAAACCUCAUCUCCACCGCCGCCUGCAUCGAAAACACAACCUCCUUCCUCGAAAACCUGUGGAACAGGAUCAACAUGUUCAUUCCGAAAUCCGUGGACCGCUCUCUCACCGACGCCGCGUUGAUGUUAUUUUCCCCCGGCUGGCUGGACGCCGAGGAUGAGACGGUCGUGCCGACGGCGGCGACGCCGGGCGUGGUUCUCCCACCUCACGGCUUCUAUAGGAGCUUCGCGACGAAUUUCGAGCGUUUCGCUGCGCAGGAACUGACAAAACGCAGCGACCCUAAUCUCUUCGGCAAAAAGGGGUUUAUACUGCAAGCGAUAGCCGCGGGAUGGCAUUACAAGUCCCCGGCGCAACUGAAAGAGUUAGGGGAUUUAGUGGGGAGGGAGAGGAUAGCGGUUGUGCACGGGACGAGUGAUAGGAUGAUCAGUGUGCCGCAUGGUAGAAAGCUGAUUGGGUGGUUGGAGCCUGGACGGGCGGAGAUUGUGGAGGGGAUGGGUCAUGUGGCGAUGCUUGAGGAGUGGAGGUGGCAUAAUAAUCUUGUGAGGGAGGGGGUUGAGGGGGGGGAGAGGGUUACGAGGGGGGAGGGGGCGUGA